AUGAUCUGGACUGGGUGUUCCCAGGGUGGUAGACAAGGCAUGAUGCUGGCUCAACGUUACCCUGAAGCGUUUGACGGUAUUAUCGCUGCAGCACCCGCACUGAACAUCAUCCCACUCUUGGCCAGCUUGUUCCAUGCUCAAGCUGUAAUGAACACGCUCGGCGAAUACCCGCCCAAUUGCGAGUUUGAAGCGAUAGGGGCCGCCGCGAUCGCCGCUUGCGAUGAACUGGACGGCGUCAAAGACUCGAUCAUAUCCAUCCCGGAGUUGUGUUCUUUCGACCCAUUCACCGUGGUCGGUCAGCCCGCCAACUGCGGCAAUAGCAGCUCGAAUGUCAUCUCCAACGCAACAGCAACGGUAGCCAACGCUACAUGGUAUGGUAUCUCCGACAGACGGGGAAAGAAGAUCUACCCAGGAUACGCGUUCGAUGCACCCCUCCAGGCAACGACCGACACGGAUUGUCAAGCCUCAGGUACCUGCCUCACCACCGCUGCCUGGCUACUCGGCGCACAGUGGUUCCAGCUUUUUGUCGAGAAAAACGCUACCUUUGACUGGUCUGUAAUCACCGCGGAGCGUCUACCGGACUACUUGUACGCCGGCCAGCAGCAGUGGGAUUCGAUCAUCAACACCAACGACGCGGAUCUCUCAGACUUCAAGGAGGCAGGAGGGAAGUUGCUCACCUGGCACGGCAUCGCAGAUGACCUAAUUCCUUCGGGUGGGUCAACACAGUACUAUGACCGUGUAGCCGCGCUGGAUGCCGAUGUGGAUGAGUACUACAGGUUGUUCCUUGCGCCAGGCCUUCACCAUUGCGCAGGUGGCCCUGGUCCUGCACCCGUCAAUAAUGCGCUGCAGCAACUUGUCGCUUGGGUCGAAAAUGGUACAGCUCCAGACACCCUACCGGCAGUUGGAACGCAACCUGUCAAUGGAAUAGUGCUGUCGAGGGACCUUUGCCCUUACCCGCUUGUAUCUGUUUACCAGGGUGGUGCUGCGACUGAUGCCUCAUCAUACAGCUGUGUUAAUGCGGAGAAUGUGUAA